AUGAGUGUGAUCUAUAGAGGCACCCACUCGGAAGAGUCCGAUGGCAGGGCAUCCGACUCAUCGUCACUUUCUCAAAUUCAACUACAGAUUACUGUUAAAAAUGAAAACACGAUCUCCUUGGAGAAGGACAUCAAGGAAGAGGAACUGGUUAAUGAAAGCGAAUUUCAUGAUAGUGAAUCUAUUGAUGAGGAUGAUGGUCUUGUAUGGAAAGGUGAUCCUACAUAUUUACCCAAUUCCCCAUAUCCGGAUGUGAGAUUUGCUGUUUCCAUUGAGGAUGAUCCCACAAUUCGCCUUAAUCAUUGGAGAACAUGGUUUUUGACGACUAUCUUCGUGGUAGUAUUUGCUGGGGUAAAUCAAUUUUUUUCGUUAAGGUAUCCUUCGCUCAGUAUAGAUUUUAUUGUCGCACAAGUUAUUUGUUAUCCAAUUGGAAAAGUCUUGGCGAAAUUACCAGACUGGAAAUGUCGGAGAGUGCCAUUUUUUGAUUUAAAUCCUGGUCCGUUUACCAAAAAGGAACAUGCUGUUGUUACUAUUGCAGUGGCUUUGACAUCAUCAACUGCAUACGCAAUGUAUAUUUUGAAUGCACAAGGAAGUUUUUACAACAUGAAACUUAACGUUGGAUAUCAAUUUCUGUUAGUAUGGACAUCACAGAUGAUCGGCUAUGGUGCAGCUGGGCUAACGAGAAGAUGGGUCGUCAAUCCUGCGAGUGCUAUUUGGCCUCAAACAUUAAUCUCUGUAUCACUUUUUGAUUCACUUCACUCUAGAAAAAUUGAAAGAGCAGUUGUUAAUGGAUGGAGUAUGCCCCGGUAUAAGUUUUUUGUGAUUGUAUUCAUUGCUUCAUUUGUUUGGUACUGGGUACCUGGGUUCUUGUUUACUGGGCUUUCUUAUUUCAACGUUAUUCUAUGGGGACCAAAGACAAGGGAUAAUUUUGUGGCUAAUACAAUCUUUGGUGUUGAAAGUGGGCUAGGAGCUUUCCCUAUAUCUUUUGAUUAUACACAAAUUUCACAAGCGAUGUCUGGUUCUGUGUUUGCUACUCCAUUUUAUGUUUCCGCAAAUACUUAUGCGUCAGUCUUACUUUUCUUUGUUAUUAUUCUUCCGUGUCUCUAUUUCUCAAAUACUUGGUAUGCGAAAUAUAUGCCUGUCAUUUCUGGUUCCACAUACGAUAACACCCAAAGUAAGUAUAAUGUGACAAAGAUUUUGAACGAAGAUUACUCUAUCAACCUGGAAAAAUACAAAAAUUACUCGCCGAUAUUUGUUCCAUUUUCGUAUCUCUUAUCUUAUGCGUUAAAUUUUGCAGCCGUUAUCGCGGUAUUCGUUCACUGCAUAUUGUAUCAUGGCAAAGACAUUCUUGCAAAAUUAAAAGAUCGUAGGAAUGGUGGGACUGAUAUUCAUGCCAGAAUAUAUUCCAAAAACUACGCAGAUUGCCCUGAUUGGUGGUAUCUUGUUUUGCAAGUCGUUAUGAUCGGGUUAGGUUUUGUAACGGUCUGUGCAUUUGAUUCUAAAUUUCCUGCCUGGGCUUUUGUUAUUGCGAUACUAAUCUCACUUGUCAAUUUUAUUCCCCAGGGAAUCUUGGAAGCUAUGACAAACCAACAUGUUGGACUUAACAUUAUUACUGAACUAAUUUGCGGUUAUAUGCUUCCUUUACGGCCAAUGGCUAAUUUGCUAUUCAAAUUGUAUGGAUUUAUUGUGAUGAGGCAAGGCCUGAAUUUGAGUAGAGACCUCAAGUUAGCCAUGUAUAUGAAGGUCCCGCCACGCCUUAUUUUUUUUAUUCAAAUCUAUGCCACUAUUCUUUCUGGGAUGGUAAAUGUCGGGGUUCAGGAAUGGAUGACGCAUAACAUCGAGGGGAUAUGUUCUACAGAUCAAUCAAACGGGUUUACUUGUGCCAAUGGCCGUACUGUAUUUAAUGCAUCAAUCAUCUGGUCUUUGCCAAAAUAUCUGUUCUCACCCGGUCGUAUUUAUAAUCCAUUGAUGUGGUUUUUUUUGAUUGGUCUAGUGGUCCCACUGAUUGUAUACGCCAUUCAACGGAAGUUCCCCAAAAUUCAAUUUGCUAAAUAUAUUCACACCCCUGUAUUCUUCACAGGACCAGGAAAUAUCCCACCAAGUACGCCUUACAACUACUCGUUGUUUUUUUCAGCGUCUUUUUGUUUACAUAUUAUAAGAAAGCGCUGGGGACCUUGGUUUAAGAAAUACAAUUAUGUUAUGGGGGCGGCAGUUGAGUCAGGCGUUGCGAUUGCAGUUGUCAUUAUUUUCCUAUGUGUUCAGUUCCCUGGUGCGGAACUCAAUUGGUGGGGAAAUAAUGUUUGGAAGAAUACCUAUGACCAUAACUACAAAAAGUUUUACACCCUCGAGGAAGGUCAGACUUUUGGACAUACUAAAUGGUGGUGA